GACGGCCGCGGUGGGCAAGGGGGCGGUCGCGCCGCGACGUCGGCGGCGUGAGGCUUCGCGCGCGUGAGCGGCGCGGGCGCCGGGCCAGGCGGCCGAGCUCCGGUGGCGGGCGCGCAGGUCGUUGACGCGGGCCCCUGCUGGGAGGCGCGUCCGUCGCUGGGAGCGCGGCGCCGAGGUUCUCGGACCAUGGAGGACCCGCAGCCGCUGCCACAGCCGGAGCUGCCGCUGUGUGACAGCCUCAUCAUCUGGCUGCAGACAUUCAAGACUGCCUCACCCUGUCAGGAUGUCAAACAGCUGACUAAUGGAGUGACCAUGGCACAAGUUCUUCAUCAAAUUGACGUAGCCUGGUUCGACGAAUCUUGGUUAAGCCGAAUUAAAGAUGAUGUUGGUGACAACUGGAGAAUAAAGGCUAGUAACUUAAAGAAGGUCCUCCAUGGAAUUACAAGUUAUUAUCACGAGUUUUUGGGGCAGCAGAUUUCUGAAGAACUUAUUCCCGAUUUAAACCAAAUAACUGAGUGUUCAGACCCUGUCGAGCUUGGGAGGUUGCUUCAGCUUAUUCUAGGCUGUGCAGUCAACUGUGAAAGGAAGCAAGAGCAUAUUAAAAAUAUAAUGACCCUGGAAGAAUCUGUUCAGCAUGUGGUCAUGACUGCAAUUCAGGAGUUGAUGAGUAAAGAAAUUGUGAACUCUCCUGCAAGUGACACCGUUGGAGAAUUAGAGCAACAGCUUAAAAGGGCCCUAGAAGAGCUUCAGGAAGCCAUAGCAGAAAAGGAAGAGCUAAAGCAAAGGUGCCAGGAACUGGAUAUGCAGGUGACUGCACUUCAGGAUGAGAAGAAUUCACUGGUCUCUGAGAACGAGAUGAUGAAUGAAAAGCUUGACCAGUUGGAUGGCUCUUUUGAUGAUCCAAAUACAAUGGUUGCGAGAAAGUAUUUUCAUGCACAGUUACAACUAGAACAAUUACAAGAAGAAAACUACAGGCUUGAAGCUGCAAAAGAUGAUUACCGUGUUCACUGUGAGGAACUUGAAAAGCAGCUGAUUGAAUUUCAGCACAGGAAUGAUGAGCUGACAAGCCUUGCUGAGGAAACCAGAGCUCUGAAAGAUGAGAUAGAUGUUCUUAGGGCUACCUCAGACAAAGCAAAUAAACUGGAGUCAACAGUAGAGGUGUAUCGUCAGAAGCUACAAGAUCUAAAUGACCUCCGCAAGCAGGUGAAAUCUUUACAGGAGACAAAUAUGAUGUACAUGCACAACACUGUGAGCUUGGAAGAGGAGCUCAAGAAGGCCAAUGCAGCGCGUGCACAGCUAGAGACCUAUAAACGCCAGGUUCAGGAUCUUCACACUAAGUUGUCCUUGGAGUCUAAAAGGGCAGAUACACUAGCAUUUGAGAUGAAGCGGCUUGAAGAAAAACAUGAAGCUUUACUCAAGGAAAAAGAGAGACUGAUAGAACAGCGAGACACUCUGAAAGAGACAAAUGAGGAGCUACGGUGCUCACAAGCACAGCAAGAUCACCUAAACCAAGCUGAUGUGUCUGCUACAAAAAGUUAUGAGACCCUCGCUGCUGAGAUCAUGCCAGUGGAGUACAGAGAGGUGUUCAUUCGACUGCAGCAUGAAAACAAAAUGCUUCGCCUGCAGCAGGAAGGGACGGAGAAUGAACGCAUCGAGCAGCUGCAGGAGCAGCUGGAGCAGAAGCACCGCAAGAUGAACGAGCUGGAAACUGAGCAAAGAUUGAGCAAAGAGCGCAUUGGAGAAUUGCAGCAGCAAAUUGAGGACCUCCAGAAGUCGUUACAAGAACAGGGCUCCAAGACUGAAGGCGAAAGUUCCAGCAAACUAAAGCGGAAGUUGGAAGCUCAUAUGGAAAAGCUAACAGAAGUCCAUGAAGAAUUACAGAAGAAACAGGAGCUCAUUGAAGACCUUCAGCCAGAUAUAAGUCAGAAUACUCAAAAGAUCAGUGAACUUGAAGCUGCUCUCCAGAAGAAAGAUGAAGACAUGAAAGCAAUGGAGGAGAGAUACAAGAUGUACUUAGAGAAAGCCAGAAAUGUUAUAAAAACUUUAGAUCCCAAAUUAAAUCCAGCAUCAGCAGAAAUAAUGCUACUUAGAAAGCAGCUGGCGGAAAAGGAAAGAAGAAUUGAGAUUCUAGAGAGUGAAUGUAAAGUAGCCAAAUUCCGUGACUAUGAGGAAAAACUCAUUGUUUCUGCCUGGUAUAACAAGAGCCUGGCGUUUCAGAAACUGGGCAUGGAAUCUCGGCUUGUGAGUGGCGCUGGUGCUUGCAAAGACACCGGUGUGGGCCCUCCUCCUCGGUCCUUCUUAGCACAGCAGCGACACAUCACCAGCACCCGGAGGAACCUGUCUGUUAAAGUCCCAGCCGCAGCAUCUGACUAGUCUACAAACAAACACGAACAGAAGUGCCUCAAAAUGUUUUGUACCCCAAGAAACUACCAGACGAAAAACAAAGGUUAAAAUGCUUGGUAUCAGCUAGCUUUGUUUGGAUUUUGUUUUGAGAUAGGGUCUCCUAUACCACAAACUGGCAUUGAAUUUACAACGUAUUCAGGGAUGACCUGGAACAUUGAUCAGUCCUUCCGUCACUUCCUGCAUGCUGGUUUCUAUAGUGCUGGGGAUCAAAACCUGCCCUGUAAGUCAGGUGACCUACCAGCUGAUCUACAUUCCCAGUAUUGGUAUCAACUAUUUUUAAGUCAAUAUAUAUCAAAUUAAUAUUUAAGUUUACUCUAACUACAAAAUACAGAAUCAGCUGUCUCUGGGCAGUACUUUUGAGUACGUGGAAGUGUGAUAAAGCAAAUAUUUGUUUUGAGAUGGCAUCAUGGGAAAGCAGCUACGUAUUCCAGCUUUACGCUUCUAGUUGUAAUAGCAAGUCAGUUAAUUUGUAAUUUAGUAGUACAUCUAGAUUUGCCUGUGGGAAGCAGUAAGGCAUGUAGAGCAGACCUGUGCAAGGCAGAUUCUUUGUGUGUACAGAGCGUUCCUCUACUUGCCAACUCGGCCCUCAAGAGGAGACUGUCAAGCUGUGGAAGGAAGCUCUAACACUUGGAAGAUUUUACCGUUGGAGUGACUUUGUCCUGUCGAAGUGACUGACUAGACAUUCGCAGUUUCUCCGAGAUGUAUCUCAGUUUGCACAUGCAGUGCUGUGGAUGAAGGCUGCAGGGCUUGACAGGGACUUUAAAGUGGGAAGUAAGCUGUGUUGUAAAAGGGAACUUUCUGUUGGAAAGCAAACUAGAAUACAUGUUGAAUUUCCACGUGCUUUUGAGCAUGAAGUUGUUGUGGCCUUUGCUUUCUAAGAAGGGGUAGAUCAUGUAUAAUGUUGCCUCAUUGAAAAGAAACAAUGAUGUAACAGCUUAGGACUGGUUCAGUUCCUGCUUACCUCUGGGAAGGGUCUGGAGCUGGAUUCGUGGCGUUCAGGUCAUUUCUGCCCAGCAUUGGUCUUUUCAAAGAGUUUUCUCUCUAGUUUAGGGUCACUUUUUAAAGUCACACUUUGGAAUAUUAGUUGUUAAAUCAGUAUUGCCUGAUGUAGCCACAAGUGGUCCGUGCUUGUGUCAGACACAUUUCCAGCACUUCGUAGGCACGCGUCCAUCAUUGUUGAGAGUUCUGGUAUGCAUUGUGUCACAGUAAAUCU